AGAUCCUGUGACUCUUAUGGAGUUUGCUAGUCGACUUCAAGAUCGGACCCGCAGAUGUGCCGUGCCGCACUUGCGACGCUUUUUGGCUCAGCCUUUCAUGAUCAGUGUCGUCGAUGUCGAUAUGAUGCCGAUGACUCAGCGUUGAGUAUUGAGGACUUCCGAAGCGCUACACCAUCAUCAUGAUCACCCUAUCUUUCACAUCUGCAGUGACCCAGAUGUCUUCUCGCUUCCCAGCACUACCUCCCACAUAUCAUUCUCCAAGUAGAAUUCUAUACGCAUCUCUCCCCAUUAUUAUUCUUGCAUUCCUCCCGCGCAUCUACGGCAACUAUCAGGCCUUCCUCUCGCUGGGCCAGAGCAGAAUUCCUCACAAUGUCUUCGGAUGGUUAUUCUCCACUUUGUUGAAGCCUAUCGGCAGAGAUACGCGGGGAACCAAGAUGUAUGAAAUAGACACAGACAAGUCCGUCUGGAUUGAAGGAGAGUUGCCUCAGAGGAAAGGAGAGAGACCGACGACUGGGUGGCACUUCGCGCCACACAGACAGACAAGCCAGUUCCCUGACCCUAACUCUUGCGAAGCUCUGAAGACCGCUUUCUGGGAGUACGCCGCCACUCACAGUAGUAUCAUCAAGGUUGCACCUUCCAUACACGAAGGUGUUGUCGACGCCUAUAUGAUCCAUCCCUCCAUCCCUUCUCCUCACUCCAUCGCCGACCGCGAGCAACGCGAGAUUGCUCAUAUACACGAAGCUCGCGACGGGUCUCUUCAUGUUCCCCUUUCGCCGCAGGAUUGUAAGACAGUAAUUCAACGCGGUUGGGGUGAACGCCACCCUCUUUCUGGAACCAACAUCUUCCCCGGAGGACCGACGGAGCAGUAUCUCAUGAUUUAUGCACCAAGGGAUGAGGAAGAGGUGAAGAUCGUCAUGAGCAUUGUUCGUGCUUCUACAGGGUACAUGACUGGGAAGCGCGAAGCCUUGAACGUUAGCGCGUAGGGAAAGUGUGUUAUGCUCAGCUUCUCUGUGUGUAAUGUGACUAGACAAAGAUUUUGUCAGUCGAGCUUCCAUCGUGCAUCCGGUCUGUGGCAUCUGUUAUUUAUAAUGUAUCCGCGAC